UUUACUUCGGAACAUUGACUGGGGUCGGAGAGGAGCACUCUGGGAGAUUGAGAGCCAAAAGCCCUCUCCCAGAGGCAAGACAGAUUCAACUUGGUGCUGGCUCUGGAGGCUGAAGAAAGCAGAGGCAAAAGCAAAGGACAAAGCUGCAACAGCUCUUGGAACCAAGCAGAAAGAUAGGCCUCUCAACUAACCGGACUAUAUUGGAGGCAAUAAAAGAUCUGAACUUUUACCACCUGGCUGCAUUUUGAGGUGAUUAUUACUUUCAACUGCAACUAAGACUGCCUCCAGAAAACCUCCCCUGAGAAACCUGCUUUCUCCCAGAGAGAACCAUUACAUUAUUUUUAAAGAAGAAAAAGAACACCACAUUUUGGUGCCCAUUGUGGGAUGGAAAAUAGCGCCCGAUGGUUCUGAAGCGCUUUGUUGGUAGCGGGGCUGCGUCAGCACAGCCGGGUACCAGGUGUCUCGGGUCCCCACAAUUUGGGUCUCCUGCUGCUCCCCUGCUGCCACUCCCGAAGCUUUUCCAGAUGUCCUUGGCAGAUUUGGGAAAGAAGCUUUUAGAAGCAGCACGAGCAGGUCAAGAUGAUGAAGUUCAGAUUUUGAUGGCAAAUGGAGCUCCUUUUACUACAGAUUGGUUGGGUACAUCUCCACUUCAUCUAGCAGCACACUAUGGGCACUAUUCAACCACAGAGGUAUUACUCCGAGCUGGUGUAAGCCGAGAUGCCAGAACUAAAGUGGACCGAACUCCAUUACACAUGGCAGCAUCUGAAGGCCAUGCAAGCAUAGUAGAAGUUUUACUUAAGAAUGGCGCUGAUGUCAAUGCAAAAGAUAUGUUAAAGAUGACAGCACUACAUUGGGCUACAGAACAUAAUCAUCAAGAGGUGGUAGAACUUUUAAUUAAAUAUGGUGCUGAUGUCCACACCCAAAGUAAAUUUUGUAAAACUGCUUUGGAUAUUUCAAUAGACAAUGGAAAUGAAGAUUUGGCAGAAAUAUUACAGAUUGCAAUGCAGAGCCAAAUAAAUACAAACCCAGAGAGCCCUGACACUGUGACGAUCCAUGUGGCAACACCACAGUUUAUCAUUGGACCUGGAGGGUUGGUGAACCUAACAGAUGAAACAGGACUAUCUGCUGUUGAGUUUGGAAAUUCAUCUACAUCAGUAUUAGCUGCAUUAGCUGCUUUAGCCGAAGCUUCUGCUCCAUUGUCCAAUUCUUCAGAAAGUCCAGUUGUGGCUACUGAGGAGGUGGUGACAACAGAAUCAGUAGAUGGUGCAAUCCAGCAAGUUGUGAGCUCUGGGGGUCAGCAAGUCAUUACAAUAGUUACAGAUGGGAUUCAGCUUGGUAAUUUGCACUCCAAUCCAACCAGUGGAAUAGGUCAGCCCACCAUUGUAACUAUGCCAGGUGGACAACAAGUAUUAACAGUACCAGCAACAGAUAUAGCUGAAGAAACUGUUAUAAGUGAAGAACCACCAGCCAAGAGACAAUGUAUUGAAAUUAUAGAAAAUCAGGUGGAAUCUGCAGAAAUAGAAGAGAGAGAGGCACUUCAGAAACAGCUGGAUGAAGCAAAUCGAGAAGCACAAAAAUAUCGGCAGCAACUUCUAAAGAAAGAACAGGAAGCAGAAGCUUAUCGGCAGAAAUUAGAGGCCAUGACUUGUCUCCAGACUAACAAAGAGGCAGUGUAAUUGAAAUGGACAAUAUAGUUUGAUUUUACCUUGAGUCAAGAAAAAGAAUACAAUCUUGAACUGUAUACUCCGUAUAAGUACAGUCAUGGGAAUCCAGCAUACAGAAAAGAGACUUGCAGGUUGAUAAUUGGACUUAAGCUAUGAGCUCUGAAUUUUUUUGUAACAAACUAUGAAUUUAGAAGUUGUGUGAAAAGUAUUUAAAACUGAAUUCUGUAAAUAGUUUUUAUUUUGUUUUUGUUUUUUGUUACAGUUCCAAAAUGAGUUGAUAAAAGAUGGUUGAAGAGAUCCAGAAACAUAAUAAGCCACUGUUUUUGUGAAUUCCUUUUGAUUUUAGUAUGAAUCUUAAUUUCUCAGAAGCAGAAGGGUGAUCCUUGU